AUUGCAUCAGAAGACCAAUCUCUGCAAACUCGUAAUCGUCUUUGUCCCGAUCCCGAGACUCACACAGGCUAACCCUCCCUCGAGACUCCAACCUCACCAACCCACUUGAUUGAAUCCUCGAAACCAUGUCUCCAUCCGCCGUGAUCCAGCCCGAGUCCAUCUCCAACGGUCGCCCCGUUCCUGUGGCAUCUUCGAAGCUCGCUUCCCUCAAUGGAUCGGCCAAGUCGCAGACCAUCGAAGAAAUGGCGGGCAACUGGGACGACUUCAGCUUCGCCCACAUCCGCGAGAGCCAGGUGUCGCGCGCCAUGACCCGACGCUAUUUCGCCGACUUGGACAAGUACGCCGAAAGCGACAUUGUCAUCGUCGGCGCCGGCAGCUGCGGACUGUCCGCGGCAUACUGUCUGGCCAAGGCGCGUCCGGACCUCAAAAUCGCCAUCAUUGAAGCUGGCGUCGCUCCCGGCGGUGGUGCAUGGUUGGGCGGCCAGCUCUUCUCCGCCAUGAUCAUGCGCAAGCCCGCCGAUGCAUUCCUGAACGAGCUUGGCAUCCCCUACGAAGACGAAGGCCCGACGUCCAACUUUGUCGUCGUGAAGCACGCAGCCCUCUUUACCAGCACUGUCUUGUCCAAAGUCCUGCAGUUCCCCAACGUCAAGCUCUUCAACGCCACUGCCGUCGAGGACCUCAUUACUCGCAAGAAUGCUUCCACCGGCGCCCUGCACAUUGCCGGCGUCGUUACGAACUGGACCCUCGUCAGCAUGCAUCACGACGACCAGAGCUGCAUGGACCCCAACACCAUCAAUGCUCCCGUCAUCAUCUCGACCACCGGGCACGAUGGCCCCUUCGGCGCCUUUUCCGUCAAACGCCUCGUCUCGAUGAACGUCAUUCCGUCCCUGGGCGGCAUGCGCGGGCUGGACAUGAACACUGCCGAAGACGCGAUCGUCAAGGGGACGCGCGAGAUCGCCCCGGGCCUCAUUGUCGGCGGCAUGGAGUUGUCCGAAGUGGAUGGCGCAAACCGCAUGGGUCCCACUUUCGGUGCCAUGGCGUUGUCUGGCGUCAAGGCUGCCGAGGAGGCGCUCCGUAUCUUUGAUCAGAGGAAGGUGGAGUGUGCCGAGUAGGCUCAUUGAACUACUCCGUCGAGAGAGAUGACGAGUGUAUGCUUGGAUCCUCAUCUGGGUGUACGCCAUUGUCAUGAAAUCGAGAGGGCUGUCAUUAAUGAAUCAAACUACCUCUACUUUUGGCAUCUCUAUUGUGUUCUCCUUCGGCCUGGAAGAACUCACAUCUACAUGCUCAUGCGAGCUGCACCUCUGGAUGUGCCGUGGUACUAAAGCCUCCCGGCAGAGAAACCUCCAACAGAGUGAAGUCUUUCGACAUGUCAUUCAGACUGGCCUUGUAUCCCGGCGGAAGGGUGUAAGCAUCGCCCUCCGUCAAGCUGUGUCGACCAUUGUCUUGAACUUGAAGGGUGCAUGAUCCUGACAGGACAACUAGAUGACUCUCGCGUUAGCAAUGAAACUCUCCGGUCUCAGGGUUCUGAUCCACUCACAAUCGAACAAAAUAUCCGCAUCA